UCUCGCAAAACCCUAACUUUCCCUUGCUCACUCGUUGGUGGCGCCAGAUCUCUCUACAUCGUCGGUUGAGGUGCGUACAAACUGGAAACGAGAUUUAUAAAAUCGCUGAGCUCGAUUUUGCUCCAUUUGAUCCUUGUGACUGCCCUUGUACUCUUGUAUAGAGAUUCUGUGAUUUUCAUUUAUGCAAUGUUCUCUUCAUUGGCUCUGUUUGAUUUCCGUUCUCGGCAGACUCUGAAUUCUUUUUAGCUAGGUUCGUUGGGUCUCCGAUGUUGGAAAUGAUGAGCACCCAUUAAUGUUUGUAUAGUUAAAGGUCGGGGUUGUCUUGUUCCUUAUACGAAUAGCUGUUUCUAUGACUGAAUCAAAGCCAGAUCGAUAGAUUAUUCUCUAACCUUACUACCAAUUUCGAAUCCUCAAUCGCUCAAUUAUCAAAAAUAGUUCACCUUUCUAUGUGUUUAUUGUUUCGAUAUGGUAGAUGAGAGUAGUGGGCGAGUGUUAAUUUCCAAUUGUUUUUGGUUUCUAUAUUCUACCAUCUGUGUUGUUGCUGUGCGAAUUUGGGUCUAAGCCUUCUGGAUAGUAUUUAACACUUAGCUUUUGAUAUUUCUCUGCCAGCUCCAAUGGUGAGAGUUAGUGUUUUGAACGAUGCUCUCAAGAGCAUGUACAAUGCAGAGAAGCGUGGAAAGCGCCAGGUCAUGAUCCGACCAUCCUCAAAAGUGAUCAUAAAGUUUCUUAUUGUCAUGCAAAAGCAUGGAUACAUUGGUGAAUUUGAAUAUGUUGAUGAUCACAGGGCUGGUAAAAUUGUUGUUGAGUUGAAUGGGAGGCUAAACAAGUGUGGUGUCAUCAGUCCUAGAUUUGACGUCGGUGUCAAGGAGAUUGAAGGUUGGACUGCUAGGUUGCUUCCGUCUAGACAGUUUGGAUUCAUUGUGCUGACAACUUCUGCUGGAAUUAUGGACCACGAGGAGGCAAGGCGGAAGAAUGUUGGCGGCAAAGUGCUUGGUUUCUUUUACUAGGCUUAUUGCGGCUUCAACGUUUUUUUUGGGUGCUCGAUGAGGAGUUUGUUUCUGGUUAUGGAGUUUUGGUCCAUGUGAUUUACUAUAGGAUACCUAAUUUUGUUGUCUGGUUUAGGCUUUUCUCAACUUGGUUGUAGUUGAAUCAUCGACCUGGACAAGUGGAAAAGAUUGAAGCACAAUGAACUUGUCUGCCGUCGCAUUUAUUUGAAUGUUAAUGCUUUCUUACUAGCUGAGCUUUGUUUAUGCUAGAUAUAGCCCAUUUUGAGGAGUGAUGGAUCCAUUUAGUGUUAUAUUUGCUUGAUUAAAUUGUGUUUAUGAAC